UUCUCCCGACUGUUGCGAGGAAGAAGAAGAAACAAUGGCAAGAACCAAGCAGACCGCUCGUAAAUCCACGGGAGGCAAAGCUCCCAGGAAGCAGCUGGCCACCAAGGCUGCCCGUAAGAGCGCCCCGGCCACCGGCGGAGUGAAGAAGCCUCACCGUUACAGGCCCGGUACCGUGGCUCUCCGAGAGAUCCGUCGCUACCAGAAAUCCACCGAGCUGCUCAUCCGCAAGCUGCCCUUCCAGCGCCUGGUUCGAGAAAUUGCUCAGGACUUCAAGACCGACCUGCGCUUCCAGAGCUCCGCUGUCAUGGCUCUGCAGGAGUCCAGCGAGGCUUACCUGGUCGGCCUCUUCGAGGACACCAACCUGUGCGCCAUUGUGACAAUGAGCGGAAGAGGCAAGGGAGGAAAAGGACUCGGUAAAGGAGGCGCCAAGCGUCACCGCAAAGUCCUCCGUGAUAACAUCCAGGGAAUCACCAAGCCCGCUAUCCGCCGUCUGGCUCGCCGCGGUGGAGUCAAGCGUAUCUCCGGGCUCAUCUACGAGGAGACCCGCGGAGUCUUGAAGGUUUUCCUGGAGAACGUCAUCCGUGACGCCGUCACCUACACCGAGCACGCCAAGAGGAAGACCGUCACCGCCAUGGAUGUGGUGUAUGCUCUCAAGAGGCAGGGCCGCACUCUGUACGGCUUCGGAGGCUAAACUGCCGCGUCCUCAAUUCUAAACAACCAAAGGUCCUUUUAAGGGCCGCA